GACUCCGGCCUUCGGAGCGUUCGCGCGUCGGCGGGUCCGGAGGCCGGCGAGCGGCCGCGGCGGGCGAGUGGCCGGACGGUCGGCCCGGCUGCCCCUCCCGGGAAGGCGCGAAGGAGUCGCUCUCCGGUCCCCGCAGCCCGCGGCGGCCGGUGGGGGAGACGCCGGGGAGCUCCGAGGCGCCGCGGCCGCCAUGAUGGGGCGGAAGUGACCGCGGGCUGCCGGCGAGAGCGCUUCGGUCUCGCUGCCCGGCGCUGCCCGGGGCGCGCGGCGCGGCGGAGCCCGGCCCGCCCGGCCCUCGCCAGCCCUGCCCGUCGGCCCCCGCCGCUUCCCCCGAGACUGAGCGGCGGGGAGUGGCCCCGGGCCUGCCGUCGCGGCUGCCGGAAAGAUGGCGGACCCGGCGGAGUGCAACAUCAAAGUGAUGUGUCGCUUCAGACCUCUCAACGAGUCCGAGGUGAACCGAGGCGACAAGUACAUCGCCAAGUUCCAGGGAGAGGACACGGUGAUGAUCGCGUCCAAGCCUUAUGCAUUUGAUCGUGUGUUCCAGUCAAGCACAUCUCAAGAACAAGUAUACAAUGAUUGUGCAAAAAAGAUUGUUAAAGAUGUUCUUGAGGGCUAUAAUGGAACAAUAUUUGCGUAUGGGCAGACAUCAUCUGGGAAGACCCACACGAUGGAGGGUAAACUUCAUGAUCCAGAAGGCAUGGGAAUUAUUCCAAGAAUAGUGCAAGAUAUUUUUAAUUAUAUUUACUCAAUGGAUGAAAAUUUGGAAUUUCAUAUUAAGGUGUCCUAUUUUGAGAUAUAUUUGGAUAAGAUACGGGACCUCUUAGAUGUUUCAAAGACCAACCUUUCAGUCCAUGAAGACAAAAACCGUGUUCCCUAUGUGAAGGGGUGCACAGAGCGUUUUGUAUGCAGUCCAGAUGAAGUUAUGGAUACCAUAGAUGAAGGGAAAUCCAACAGGCAUGUAGCAGUUACAAAUAUGAAUGAACAUAGCUCUAGGAGUCACAGUAUAUUUCUUAUUAAUGUAAAACAAGAGAAUACACAAACGGAACAGAAACUGAGUGGGAAGCUGUAUCUGGUUGAUUUAGCUGGCAGUGAAAAGGUUAGUAAAACUGGAGCUGAAGGUGCAGUGCUGGAUGAAGCCAAAAACAUCAACAAGUCCCUCUCUGCACUCGGAAAUGUCAUCUCGGCUUUGGCAGAGGGCAGUACCUAUGUUCCAUAUCGAGAUAGUAAGAUGACCAGAAUCCUCCAGGACUCACUGGGCGGCAACUGCAGGACCACUAUUGUCAUCUGCUGCUCUCCCUCAUCGUACAACGAGUCUGAAACGAAGUCCACACUUCUCUUCGGUCAGAGGGCCAAAACAAUUAAGAACACAGUCUGUGUCAAUGUAGAGUUAACUGCAGAGCAGUGGAAAAAGAAGUAUGAAAAAGAAAAGGAAAAAAAUAAGACUCUACGAAACACCAUUCAGUGGCUUGAAAAUGAACUCAACCGAUGGCGUAAUGGGGAGACAGUGCCUGUGGACGAGCAGUUUGACAAGGAGAAAGCCAACUUGGAAGCUUUCGCAGCAGAUAAAGAUAUUGCUAUUGCCAAUGAUAAGCCAGCGGCUGCGAUCGGAGUGUCCGGCAGCUUUACAGAUGCAGAAAGAAGAACGUGUGAGGAAGAAAUUGCUAAGUUGUAUAAACAGCUGGACGACAAGGAUGAAGAGAUUAACCAACAAAGCCAACUGGUGGAGAAGUUGAAGACACAAAUGUUGGACCAGGAAGAGCUUCUGGCAUCAACCAGAAGGGAUCAAGAUAAUAUGCAAACUGAACUGAAUCGCCUCCAAGCAGAAAAUGAUGCUUCUAAAGAAGAAGUCAAGGAAGUUUUACAGGCCUUAGAGGAACUGGCUGUUAAUUAUGACCAGAAGUCUCAGGAAGUUGAAGACAAAACUAAGGAAUAUGAAUUGCUUAGUGAUGAAUUGAAUCAAAAAUCUGCAACUCUAGCAAGCAUUGAUGCUGAGCUUCAGAAACUGAAAGAAAUGACCAACCACCAGAAGAAGCGAGCCGCCGAGAUGAUGGCGUCGUUAUUAAAGGACCUUGCAGAAAUUGGGAUCGCCGUGGGAAACAAUGAUGUGAAGCAGCCGGAGGGAACUGGCAUGAUAGAUGAAGAGUUCACUGUCGCAAGGCUCUACAUUAGCAAAAUGAAGUCAGAAGUGAAAACCAUGGUGAAGCGCUGCAAACAGCUAGAAAGCACACAGACAGAGAGCAACAAAAAAAUGGAAGAGAAUGAGAAGGAGUUAGCAGCGUGCCAGCUUCGGAUCUCCCAGCACGAAGCCAAAAUCAAGUCCCUGACAGAGUACCUUCAGAAUGUGGAGCAGAAGAAGAGGCAGCUGGAGGAGUCUGUCGACUCCCUGGGUGAGGAGCUCGUCCAGCUGCGGGCACAAGAGAAAGUCCAUGAAAUGGAAAAGGAACACUUAAACAAGGUUCAGACUGCAAAUGAAGUCAAGCAAGCUGUUGAGCAACAGAUCCAGAGUCACAGAGAAACCCAUCAGAAACAAAUCAGCAGUUUGAGAGAUGAAGUUGAGGCCAAGGAAAAACUAAUCACUGAUCUCCAAGAUCAAAACCAGAAGAUGGUGCUGGAGCAGGAGCGGCUGCGGGUGGAGCACGAGAGGCUGAAGGCCGCAGACCAGGAGAAGAGCAGGAAGCUGCAUGAGCUCACGGUCAUGCAAGACAGACGGGAGCAGGCGAGGCAAGACCUGAAGGGUCUGGAGGAGACAGUGGCGAAGGAGCUGCAGACUCUGCACAGCCUGCGCAAGCUCUUCGUGCAGGACCUGGCCACCCGGGUGAAGAAGAGCGCCGAGGUUGACUCGGACGACACAGGCGGCAGUGCGGCACAGAAGCAGAAAAUCUCCUUCCUUGAGAACAAUCUCGAACAGCUCACCAAAGUGCACAAACAGUUAGUACGUGACAAUGCAGAUCUUCGCUGUGAGCUUCCCAAGCUGGAGAAACGGCUGAGAGCAACUGCCGAGAGAGUGAAAGCUUUGGAGUCAGCCCUGAAAGAAGCCAAAGAAAAUGCAUCUCGAGACCGCAAACGCUAUCAGCAGGAAGUAGACCGGAUAAAGGAGGCGGUCAGGUCAAAGAACAUGGCCAGAAGGGGCCACUCAGCGCAGAUUGCAAAGCCCAUCCGGCCUGGACAGCACCCCGCAGCCUCUCCGACGCACCCAGGUGCUGUCCGUGGAGGAGGAACCCUUGUGCAGAACAACCAGCCAGUGGCGCUUCGAGGUGGCGGAGGCAAGCAGGCGUGAACGUGGCACAGCGCAGGUGUUGAAAAGUAACUGAAGUUUGAAGAGGACAUAAAAUCAGUCUUUCAAUAACUAUAACCUCUACCCCCCUGGGAUUGUAGAAAUUUACAUUGUUGAUGUGUAAAUUACUCCUAGCCUGUACAGCUCUUUCCUCCCCACUCCUGUAAGCCCUGCUGCUUCCCAGCACUGGAGCGCCCUGCUGAUAUCCUGGCAGGGGAUGACGGUUCAGCCUGUUCGUUACUCCUCGUCUUUGGUGUCUUCACUGUGCCGACUGACCAUUUAUAGGACCUCGCUCCUUGAGGUUGCCUUCUCUGUGUGUUUGGAUCUUGUUUACAUUACCUAGCUGCUAUUGCUCUUCAUUGUCCUUUUCUACUAAAACAUCUUCCUUUUUUUUUUUUUUUUUCUUUAAGGAAAUAUGGAAGCUUUAGAUUAAAUGUCUUAAAUUUUACCACUUUCAGCACUACAUGCCACAGAAUAUGUCAGGUCAGUCAGUACUGUAUUUUUUAAAGCCCUUAAGCAGGGUGUGGUGGCAUACAUCUUUAAUCCAGGCAGAGGCAGGUGGGUGUCUGUCAGUUCAAAGUCAGCCUGCUCUACAUGGUGAGUUCCAGGACAGCCAGGGCUACGUAGGGAGACCCUGUCUCAGAAACAGAAGUAAAAAGUUAAUUAACUGAAACAUGACGAGAAUCCCUUGGAGUGAAAUCAGGGCUUGUGUCCCUGGUGUGGUGUCUUGGGUAGGCCUCUGGCUGUUUGCUCCUGAAUGCCUGUUGCACAUUACUGUGACUAGAAACACUUCAUACAUGAGAGGAAGUCUCACGGUAAGGCUGUCUGGAAAUGACGGUGUCCCCUCUAGUUCUGCACUUCAGCAUAGCCUCGUGGGCCAGCAGGGCCCUGCUUCGCUGUUACACCUGCCUGCUAAAGGAGGAAUUGGAAGAUGCUAGUGUCAUCUUUAAUAUUAGGAAAGAAAUGGAUUAAGACAUUGUAGAAUUAAACAUUUUUAACUGUUAAAUAACUAUAGGCUGGCAUAAAUUUAUAGCCUUUGAAAAUUGAGACAAUUGUCAACAGGACAGAAACUAAACUUAAAACUACAUGGUUUGAUUUUUCUCUGAAGUCUUGAAGGCAGUUUCCACCUACACUGUGUCAUACACUAUAAUUUGCGUAGUUAGGAAUAGUAAAUUGUUUGCAAGUCACUGAUUCAAAAAAAAAAAAUUAUAUUCUUGGCCAUAGUGCAUAAAUUUUAAAUUAGAACUAAGUGUGUACCUAUUUUGCCACUUAUUUUUCAGAUGAUUAAACUCAAUCAAGUACAUUUUAAGGAUCUAUGAAAGUAGCAGGGAAAGAUUUCACCAUCUGCUUCCUCAGUGCUGGGGUAGCUGAAGCCCUGUUAGCAGAAAUCACAGGAAAUGGGCUGACUGAGGUUAUUCGGUUAGGAGAGAAGCUGUGGAGGUUCUGGGUUAGAAUCUGGCUGGCAGAACCUUUGGAAAGUUUUAUAUACAGAUAUUUGUAUUAUUAAAUUUGGAGCCAUAGUCAGAAGACUCAGAUCUUAAUUGGCUUAUUUUUCUAUUUCCUUAACUAUUGUAAUUUCCACUUUUAUAAUAAUUUUGGUUUGAAAAAUAAAUUUAUUUAUUUUUUUAACAGUCAAAAUCUUUGCUGUUGUAGUAUGCAGCCUUUAUGAUUGUGUUGCUUCUAUGACUGACUGAAACACUCCACAAGCCGAAGUGAAACCUUGAUGCAGCGAGGUGGGAGUCGUGGUCAGUGAGAGGCCCAGCCCUGUGGGCAUCGCGGUCUCUGUGACAGGCAGGGCUGCAUUCAUAAGGACAUUUUUCCAAAUGAAAACUCGCUUCUUUGGCAGUUUUCAUAAUGGAAAAAAAAAUUCUCUUUUGUCUGAAGACAGUAAUUUCAAGAUGUAUCAUGGGUAUUGGUGCUGUGUAACACACAAUGAAUUGUAACUAGCAUGUGGUUAAGAAAACACAGUUAGGUUUUUUAAAUUUUAAUGUUUCUUUUCUAUUUAUGAUUUCAAACUUUCAUAAAGUGUACUAAGAAUUACAUAAAUUUCUUUUCAGUGAACUAAACUGCUCUUUUUGCUAUGAUAGGUCAUUAAAUAUAGCAUUCACUCAAAAUGGACAUUUUUUAUCAUCUAGAAUAUUGAAAAUAUUUUAAUUUGCAGUGUCUUUUUUGUGACUGGAUAUAUUAAUGUCCCUCUGAGUGGUAUUGGUAAUUGGUUCAGAAGAGAAACUCAGUGAAAUAAGAGUAGUAUUUAUUCAUGGUGAUUCAUUAAAUUAUUUGCCUAACUUAAGGAAACUAACUACUAUGCAUAACUGAAUUUAUUUGCAACUCUCAGUUUGAUUUGAGGUAACAGAAGAGAGUCUACCUGUGGACUAUGUUGCUUUAUUUUCAGCACUUAGGGUUACAGUCAACAUAAGUGGUUUGGGAAGACAUAUAAUUUUAAGUUAACCUGCAUGCUGUAAAUGUGUUUCAAUAAAGGAAAAUCUUUUUGAAGUGUA